AUGAUGACUCUUCUUGAAUCCAUUUUUUAUUUUUAUUUAGGAUGUAUUGAUCCAUCGGAACCAUUUCAAUGUCCUCAAAGUCAACAAUGUAUUGCUCUUCAAUUUAUUUGUGAUGGUCAUCUAGGUGAUUGUCCUGAUAAUCUUAAUGGAAAUGAAGAAACAUGUAUUGCAGCUAAACGUCCAGCAAAGGAAAAUAUUGAAAAAUUUCUUCAUGCUGCAUAUACACUACAUGGUUCAAAAUUAUUUACAUUUCUGUUUGGCGAAAAACUUUCGAGAAGUAUUGAUGAAAAUAAAAUACUUUGGUUUGAUACAUUAGCAUCAGCAUUUUCUGAUAUUCCUUUGUUUGCACAAGAAGCUGUUAAUCAAGGUCUUGCAGCCUUAGUUGAAAAGCUCUAUGACUCGGGAUUUAUGGAUUGA